AUGGCGCUGAUCGCCCCUUCCUCCUGCAAAAUUGCUGGGUUUCCGAAGCCGGGUCAAAGCAGGAAUAACGGUGGUGUUGAAGAGAUGGGCACGAAACUAGAUGUACUUGGUCUUCUCUACUCCAUCUUCGAUGUAUGCUACCCAACCUGCUCGUUUCCUCCUGUCUCCUCUUCGAUUACAAAUCUCAUAUGGUUCCAUACAUUUCUCAUGGAACUCCACCAGCGAUCGGGACAAUUGGAGAAGAACUGUCGCUCGUUGGAAUCAAAUCAAGGAAAGACGGGAACGAAGAUGAUUAUGGAAAAUCUUGCUAUAAUACAUAGUACGGAAAUGUUCGUCCGCCUAACGCAAAUUCCCACGAACAAUCCUGUAUCCGGUGAACCUCAAAAUUAA